AUGCGCAAUUUGCGUAACAGAAUCGGCAGCUUCACCUUCGUAUAUCUGAACGGUGUCAUUCUUCAGAACGAGCUUGAAGCAUUUAAGGAGCUCACGGCUCAACUGACUCGCGCCACGGCAGUCAAGCACCCGAUGUUGUCCUACUGGAAUAUGUACGAGUACUUGCGAGGCUUGCUUGUCGCUAAAGCCAAGGCUGGAGACCACGUGAUCGUCAUCCUAGAUUCACUAGAGCAGUUUGUGCGUGAAAACAGCAACGCCAAGCAAUUGCUGUUGUACAACUUGCUCGAUUGGCUGCAGGCGAAGGAUAUCAAGAUGGGUGUGUUAGGUAUCACAGACAACUACAAUGUUGUAGACAACCUUGAGAAGCGGGUACGCUCCAGAUUCUCGAAUCUUCAAAUUGUUAUCGAGCGGCCUUCCUUCGCCCAAAUCCGACAGCAUCUUGUACGGGUGCUUUCUCUCGACACUUUUCGAUGGGAUCAACAUAGUGAGCUACGACGACCGUCAAGUGCAUACACUGCGGCCUUUUCCAAGAGUGUGAGCGAGCUACUGUUGGAGCAGAGCAAGUUUCUUGCCAGCCUCGAGUUUGAUUACGACAUUGGCAAACCGCAAGCCUUUUUCUUCAGACUCGCCUCCGCUGCCGUCUGCUAUUUGGACGUCGACUCUCCUUUGCUAGCUGCCCAGCACUUUCGAUGCGCCAGACACUUGUUGGAGCAAGAUCAUCAGCUGUCUGUGCUGGAGACUGUAACGGAGCAUGGUAUCGCGCUGUUGAUCGGCAUGGGGCACCUGGAGAAGGCUGAUCAACGUGUGUUCACGCUGGAAAUGGUAUACGCUCGGUGGGACAAUUUCCUUCGUCAGCACGAUAUGCUCGCACAGCUCCCAACACGCAGUGAAGCUCAGAAAGCGUUGGAGAACUUGCUACGUCUGAAACUUGUCAAGGACGCUGGAGAUGCCUUUAGAAUUGGACGUGGUGGAGAUAAUUCUAUCAAGCAGGAUACAUCUGGCUCGCUGCAGCCUGAAUUUCGAGCCGUACACUUGAACUUUGCUCCGCGUACGCUCGAAGGCAUGCUGCGUAAUGGAAGCAUCCGAUGUUCGACGCUAUUGAAAGAAUGGGCUAUUAACGGGAGCUGA